AUGACAGCCAUGACGGUCACAGACACCUUCAAGUCAGUCGACGAAUCUUUUGUAAAAGCAUUGCCCAAGAUCGAGCUUCACGCUCAUCUCAGUGGCAGUAUCAGUCGUCAAUGUCUGCACGAGCUAUGGAAGCAAAAGAAAGCAGAGGACCUUGAUUUCGAUGUCGAAGACCCACUGGUUCUUAUGCCGCUGGGAAAGGUGGAUUAUGACCUGAAGACCUUCUUCUCAACCUUCUCCAGAUUAACCUACCAAAUCUGCAAUGAUCUCAAGAGCCUCGCCUACGCCACCAACUCAGUACUCCAGGACUUUUUAGACGAUGGAGUCGUGUACCUAGAGCUACGCACCAUCCCACGAGCAUCGCCGGGUAUCACCCGAAACGAAUACAUCAACACGGUGCUAACGACCAUCGAAAAGUUCCAAACCCAAAGCACGCAGAUGACCGUAUCUCUAAUCCUAGCAAUCGACCGAGGCAGCAUGAAUGCAACCGAAGCAGACGAAAUCGUUGAUCUGGCCAUCGCAAACAGGCCGCGCGGGGUUGUCGGUGUUGACCUCUGCGGCAACCCAACCAAAGGCGACGUCAGCAUUUACAGGGAUGCUUUUGCGCGGGCGAAAUCCAGCGGGUUGGGCAUCACGCUGCACUUUGCCGAGACAGUCGCCUCAGCCUCGCAGUUGGAGUUGGCCACGCUGCUUUCGUUUAUGCCUGAUCGGCUCGGGCAUGUAAUUCACGUGUCGGACGAGUUCAAGAGGGAGAUUUCUCGGCGAAAACUCGGGCUUGAGUUGUGCAUUUCCUGCAAUGUUCAUGCGAAGAUGAUUAAUGGAGGGUUUCUGGAUCAUCACUUUGGGUAUUGGCGGCAUGAGGAGUGUCCGAUCGCAUUGUGUACCGAUGAUGUGGGCUUCUUCUGUAGUCCUGUCUCCAAUGAAUACCUCCUCGCUUCGCAGCAUUUUGGCUUGGAUGGUGACGACCUCUUACGGGUCUGCCACAAGGCCAUCGAGGCCAUUUUUGCCAGUGAAGCUGAGAAGGAAAGAAUUACUCGGCUGCUGGAGGUGUUUCAAGCCAACUUGAGUAUACCAUAG